UAGUGUAACGUCAAAAUGCAUGGGUAACAGAGUCACAGACUUAAAACACGUGUUGGAAAGGUUAUAAAACAUCAAAUCAAAGUCAACAUUUUGGCUAAGAAUUUUAUAAAAUCAUUUUGAUAAUAAUUGCGAAAAAACGGUAGUACUCGUGAAAGUUAAAUACAAGGUUCUUUGAAUAUCAAGAAAAUGUUUCAAAAAGAUAGUCCACCAAGAUCUAAUGAGUUUGAUGAUUUUGACGAAAAUGAUAUGGUUUAUGUGGAUGAAAUAGAUGAAGUAAUCGAUUUAGAAUCAGACUUGCAACAUGAUAGGAUGGAAGAGGAUGAAUUAGAAACCGAUGAUGCCGUUACGGUUUUCAAGCACCACAAAGAGUCAGUAAUUUGUGGAUCUUUAACAAAUGAUGGAAAGAUUGCAGUUACUGGUGGGCAAGAUGAUGUCGCUUAUAUCUGGAACACAGAAUCCGGAGAAAUAAUUUAUAAAUGCACCGGACACAAAGAUAGCAUCAUUUUUGCUGAAUUCAGUCCUGAUAAUUCUUACGUGGCAGCUGGAGAUCUGAGUGGCAUCAUUCAGGUUUGGAAAAUGCGAGAUAAAAGUCUCGUGUGGAGUUAUAAUAUGGGAGAUGCGUCGUGGAUGAAGUGGCAUAAUGUAGCAAAUAUUAUUUUUGCUGGUAGUGUAGAAGGUGAAAUUUAUAUGUGGAAAAUUCCAAGUGGUGAAUGUAAAGUAUUCCAGGGAUAUGGUCAUAAAACAGAAGCUGCCGCCAUUACAUCUGAUGGAAAAAAGUUAGUAACAGGAUACAAAGAUGGAACAAUUCGUGUAUUGGAUUUAAAAGAAGGUUCUGUACAAACAACGAUACCAGGAAACUCAGCACAUUCAGACGCCAUCACAAAUUUAGAGUGUCAAGCUGAUGGCAAGUUGAUUAUAUCUGCUGCAGUUGAUGGGAGGACAGUUCUCAGUACUACUCAAAAUGGAAAGAUUGUCAGUAUACUUCAAAACUUACAAGAAAAUAAGUCAGCGGAAACAAAUGAAGAUGAGGCAGAUUCAUCUCAAGAGAAUUGGCCUGAGUCAGUAGCGUUUUGUAGAAAUCUCGAGCUUCAUCUGGCGGCUUCAGGUACAAUCAAUGGAGAAUUAUUUAUUUGGGAUACUUCCAAACAAGUAAUCAGACAUAAAAUAACCCAAGAAAGAGGCAUCACGAAACUUGAAUGGAUAGCAAACACACCGUUUUUAUGUACCGUGGGUUUAGACGGUAUUGUGAGAUUUUAUGACGCUAGAACAAAAGAAUGUCUUAAAGAAUUAUGUGGACAUUCUGAUACUAUUUUAGAUUUACAUGUUUGCAGAAAUAAUACGAAAAUCUUAACAACAUCCGAAGAUUGUACCGCUAGAAUUUUUGAUGUCACCGACUUGCAAUUAAAAUAGGACAGCAUUAAGUAUGUCUAUAAAUAAUGAUUUUGAUAAUAAUUUAUAAAAAAUAGAUUAUUUUAUAGCAAAUUUGUUUUAUUUUUAAUAAUUAUUUUCAACCCUAUACUCGUUCGAUCAGAUUAUUAUUUUUAUAAAAAAUAUAUAUCACCUGGUAAUAGAUCAGAAAGAAUGAAUUUGAGAAAUUAUUGAUAAAAUGGGUGUCUUAUAAAUCUUUCCGAGAUUUUCCGAAUUUCGUAUUUAGAUUUCAACACAAAUUUAGUGUUGAAUAAAAAUAAAAAAAGGCCAUUCGGCAGCCGAAAUGGAAGUAGAUUUUGCAUUAUUUAUUUAAUUAUUUAAAUCCGUAAAGUAGGCGGUGGCGUUCAAAGGUUCAUCUAAAGCUUAUAACGUCAAUUAUAUUUAUGCUAGUUAAUUUAAAAAAAAAAACUUUAUGUAUACUUUAAUGUUGAGAUUUUAUAAGUGUUACAUGGCAGGAAUCACAAUUGGAACAGUUACAUGAAUUUAUUAAAAAGUGGAAGAACGAAUGCAACAGCUAAAUUUCAAUAAAUAAAUAGCUAAUUUUCGUUGAAUAUAAAAAAAUAGCACUGAA